AAGGAUUAUAUAGUAAUUAAGGCUUGGCUCUGAUUAAUCAUUAACACAGUAAUAGGGUGUGUGUGUGUGCUGUAUGUGGAAGAGGGCUGAGGCAAAGGUGCAUCUUUAUCUGAUGGACGUCUUUAAAAUGCUUGUAUCAUACUGAGGUCAGUGUCACAAACAGUUGCAAAUACGGAGUUUACUUUCACAAAGUGACAAUGCUUAGCUAUGUGGGACUGAGCCUUUUGGUGCUGCUUUCAGCGAUGGAAGCAGCCACAGUAGAGAGAGUGGAGUAUGACUACUACAAAUACCAUACCAUGCCGGAGAUCACCAAGUGGAUGGCUCAGGUUGAGAAGGAUAACCCUGGUGUUGUGACCAUAGUGGAAUACGGACAGACCUAUGAGAAGAGAGUCAUUCGCUUGCUCAAGAUUGGCCUCAAUACUGGAGAGAAAAAGAAAGCUAUCUGGAUGGACUGUGGUAUACAUGCCAGGGAAUGGAUCGCCCCGGCCUUCUGUCAGUACUUUGUCAGACAGAUCCUGCAAGCACACAAAACAGACCCAAAAAUGCAAGAGAUGAUAAGAAACAUGGACUUUUACGUCACCCCUGUACUCAACAUGGACGGCUACAUCUACUCCUGGAAGGACAACACAACUCGACUGUGGAGGAAGAACAGGUCACCGGGACCUCCAGACUGCGACAGUUACGGCACUGAUCUGAACCGCAACUUUGACGCCAACUGGGGCACACUUGGAGUAUCAUUUAACUGCAGCUCAGAAACCUACUGCGGGAGCCAAGCUGUGUCCGAGCCCGAGGCCCAGGCUGUGACUUAUUUUGUAGGAAGCCGGAAGGAUGACUUCCUGUGUUUCCUCACCAUCCACUCCUACGGCCAGCUGCUCCUGGUUCCCUAUGGACACCCCAACUUCACUGCCCCAAACUACAAAGAGCUGAUGGAGGUGGGUUUGGGUGCAGCAGACGCCAUUAGGAGUGUCCACGGAAAGAACUACACUGUAGGAACCUCACCGGAUGUAUUGUACGCCAACUCUGGUUCAUCCAGGGACUGGGCUCGGUUUCAGGGGAUCCCUUACUCCUACACCUUUGAGCUGAGAGAUAAAGGGACAUUCGGCUUCCAGCUUCCUCAGGAUCAGAUCCAGCCAACCUGUGAGGAGGCCUACAGCGGAGCCCUGCACAUCAUCACCUACGCCCACGACAAGACCUUCAAUGGUGCCGUGGCAACCGCUGCUGCAACCCUGUGGACCAUGCUGUUAACAGUGGGCGUCACCAGCACCACCUUGAUGUGAGGAGCAAAAAAGUGCACGAGGGAAACUGACCAAAGCUGUAUGGCUUUCAGUUCCAGUCAUCCUGCGUGUAUGGCACAAGUGUAUAGUUUAGGCUUCAAGUUAGUUUCAGAAACGGUUCACGUUUUUUAGGGCACAACGUGUUUUUUUAAUCCUCAUUUUAGGCAGAAUUUUCUAUUGAUAAAUGAUCAAUAGUAUGGAAAUGUAGCCGUUAAAAAAUAAUAAUGCACCUUUGGUUCACUGUUGUGUCUUUGAAUGAUCUGAAAUGUUUAUAACUGUUUAUAAACUUCCAUAUUCCAGGCAAUAGUUAAUGCAUUACAAUAUUACCAAGUCUUAACAGCAUCUGGUGCCAAAGAGUAAUAAAAAAAUAAUAAUGUC